AUUAAUCCUGGGUCAAGGGCAAGACUUGGGAUGUAUUCAGAAGAGUGCAAAGUCUCAGGCUUGUCAGGAAAAUAAUUUUAAAAAGCAUUUAAAAUGGUUUGACCAUUUCUGAUCUUGGAUACAGAGUGACUUUUAUAUUCAUAUAUGCACAGAUUAUCAAUAAACAGGGGGUGUCACUGUGUGCAAAACAAGUUAUCACUGUUGUGCGUUCCUGCACAGUCUGGAGACUUUUCACUAUCCUGACAUAACACUCGCAGCUCUCAGCUUGCAUGAGGUAGAAGCCCAGAAACCUGUAUAUAGGCAGUUGACAGAUGUUUCAACAUUGCACGCAAGACAGAUAAUGCACAUACCAAAUUCCCCACAGAAAUCAAUCGACUGAUAUCGUGUAAAAGCUACUUGGUGUGUGUCCAUGUGGCAGUAUUUUCUAGUCUGGUUUGUCCUGGGUUGAGAAGUUUGUGCAAAUGGUGCCUAACGCCUGUAUCACAGUCCUCUUGGUGGCUGCUGGUGUAAACGCCUUGUCCGCUUUGGUCUCUAAAUUACAUGUUAACUUACCUUCUCACUGCUGACUUCAGCACAGGCUAGAUAGCCGAUACACGUGUUCCAUCAGAGAGUGAGCCCCGGUUUCCGGUAGCUGACCAAUGAACAAGUAUGCACCCUAUUGCAUUUUGAUUUUGACACUUUGGCAGCACAUACUGUGUCACUACGGAAAGUACUCCCAAUCGUCACUUUAGUAACCAACCAUUACUCCCAGUAGUUUGUAUAGACACAUACUGGGGCACGAACUUGUGCAAACAGCAAUCUAAGUGCUCCAUGAUCACAUUACUGUAUCCGGCACCGCUGGACUGAGCAAAACGUGGACGGCAAUCUUGUGUUUUGGCCUAACGUUAACUUAGCUGCCGUUACCCUUCGCUAAUAUUAGCUCUAAUACACCAUGCAGCCGAUAUCUUUAUAGGUCUGUUAAUCAAUACCAUUAUAUCGGUAAGCACGUGCUUUCUCUGAGGUUAAAAACAUUUCUGCAACCAUCAAAGUAACUGGAAAGCCCUCGUGCGAACCCAUUUUGGAUUUAAAAUAUGUGAUGUUGACAAAUCUGUGGGAAUAAUUCAUUUUAACCGAUGUUAAUGGUAACGCUAGAUUUAGCGGGGAGAGUCUGACUCGCACACGUUGAGGCUAGCUAGCUAGCGGGCUAGUUUGCACAGCUAAUGUUACAGCCAGCAAGCCAACUUGGGACCUUCAUCGGGACAAUAACAUGACGCGCUGGUGUGCAUUUCCUAUGAAUGCAUCUGCAUUUAGUAUUGUGGACGGCGAAGAGUGUGUCAGUUUAUAUAGCAGUAACGCAUGACCGUAAAUUGUUGCUAGAUAGCUGGGUUUUACCAGCUAGCUGCUGUUAGCAUACGAUGACAAUGAGCAUGUCAAUUCCAUGAUCUGUCAAAAUAGGCUAGCUCAAGCUAGCAUGCUAAUUCGGACGGAAUUUCAGUGAGGCCAUUGUUACAACGUCAUCUGUCGGGAUUAUGGGAAAGGUAACGAAGUGGCCAGAUAGUUGCUGAGAUCAUUGAUAAAGUUGGUAGGCUCCACCUAAUUCAGGAAGAGGCCACAGACUGAGGGACAUGGGUAUAAAACUACAUGACGGGACGGACGUCCUCAAUAAAAAGCUGUCCUGCACAGAGGCACAAUGAAGAGUCAACUCUCUCUCAACAUGGUAACUGCUGCAACCACGAUGGGCUCAGUGAGAUCAGCUGGACUGAAUCUUCUCCUGUUGUCUUUUCUAUUUUACAUAGCUGAUUCUUACCCCAACAUUGACUUACCAAACAUCGGCUGCGAGGAGUGCACACUGAGGAAGAACAGUGUUUUCUCAAGGGAUCGUCCGGUCUACCAGUGUAUGGGCUGCUGCUUCUCCAGAGCAUAUCCAACGCCUCUCAAGGCCAUGAAGACAAUGACGAUCCCGAAGAACAUCACCUCGGAGGCCACAUGUUGUGUCGCAAAACACAGCUAUGAGACAGAGGUGGCCGGCAUAAGAGUGAGAAACCACACAGACUGCCACUGCAGCACCUGCUAUUUCCACAAGAUAUGAAGACGAGAAACCGGAGGACCAUUCUGCAGCGCUCGGCUUGGCGGCAAACUGUGCUUCUUUUAAUUUGCACAAGCUCUCUGUUUUAAAGUUUUAAUGUUCAUGUGUUGCCAGAUGAUAUUUUUGUGGCGUUCAUGUGUCUGUGUACUUAGCCUACAUUUGGAUAGAUGUAGUACAGUAGUAACUGUAGACUGAAAAGCAAUUAAAAUGUGCAACCCA